AUGGCAUUAGUUCGCAUUUGCGUGUGCGGCGACGAGGGCACUGGCAAGUCCAGCCUCAUCACCUCGCUCGUCAAGGGUGUAUUCGUGACAAACAAAAUCCAGCCGGUCCUACCCCAGAUACAUAUUCCCCCCACCCUUGGAACCCCCGAAAAUGUGACCACCACCACCGUCGUCGAUACCUCGGCCCUCCCCCAGGAACGGAACAAUCUCGCGCGCGAGAUCCGGAAAUGCAACGUGAUCCUCCUGGUGUAUUCCGAUCACUACAGCUAUGAGCGGGUAGCUUUGUUCUGGCUGCCGUACUUCCGCUCAUUGGGUGUCAAUGUUCCGGUGGUUCUGUGUGCCAACAAGUCCGACUUGGCGACCGGUCACAGCGAGACACGAGUGGUUGAAGAGGAGAUGCUUCCUUUGAUGGCUGAGUUUAAGGAGAUCGACUCUUGUAUCCGAACCAGUGCUCGUGAGCACCGCAAUGUCAACGAAGCUUUCUUCGUUUGCCAAAAGGCCGUUACCCACCCGAUCGCGCCGCUGUUUGAUUCUAAGGAGGCUUCUUUGAAGCCCGCUGCGGUAGCAGCCUUACAAAGGAUAUUCUAUCUUAGCGAUAAAGAUCGUGAUGGAUAUUUGUCAGACAAGGAGCUCGAGGAUUUCCAGAUCAGGUGCUUUUCGAAACCUCUCAACGGAGCCGAUCUUAUUCACAUCAAGGAUACCAUUCAAAAAUCUUAUCCGGAAUCAGUGACGGAGUCGGGCAUUGAUUGCCAGGGAUUCAUUCAUUUGAACAAAUUGUAUUCAGAGAAAGGACGACAUGAAACUGUCUGGAUUAUCUUGCGAGCGUUUCAAUACACGGAUAAUCUCUCACUGCAGGAGAAGUUCUUGCAUCCCAAGUUCGAAGUUCCGCCAUUCGCCUCUGCCGAACUCUCACCUGAGGGAUAUCGAUUUUUUGUGAAUUUGUUCCUUUUAUCCGAUAAGGAUAAUGACGGGGGAUUGAACGAAGCCGAACUUGCGUGCUUGUUUGCCCCCACGCCCGGACUGCCCGCAUCUUGGGCUGACGGUUCCUUCCCGUCCUCCACGGUUCGCAAUGAGGCAGGGCAUGUAACCCUGCAAGGCUGGCUCGCUCAAUGGAGCAUGACAACCUUCCUGUCACCGAAAACUACUCUUGAAUACCUAGCCUAUCUUGGUUUUGAGCCUUCUGACCAAAGCCAUCAAUCUAUUACUGCGGCGUUGAAAGUCACACAACCACGCAAGAGACGCCGUCGCCCAGGCCGGGUCGGACGCAAUGUGGUCCAAUGUCAUGUGCUGGGAGCCCCUGGAUCCGGAAAAUCAGCUCUGCUCGAUGCACUUCUCUCCCGCGGAUUUAGUACAACCUACCACCCCACCAUUCAACCACGCACGGCAGUCAACACGGUUGAACUUCCGGGCGGGAAGCAGUGCUACCUUAUAUUGGACGAACUAGGUGAGCUGGAACCUGCUCUGCUGGAGAACCAGUCCAAAUUACUGGAUCAGUGCGAUGUUAUUGCGUACACGUACGACUCUUCAGACCCAAACUCAUUUUCCUACAUUCCUGCUCUGUUAGCGAAGUAUCCCCAUCUAGAGGAACUACCGAGUGUAUUCGUGGCCCUCAAGGCUGAUCUAGAUCGAACCACCCAGCGGGCAGAGCAUCAGCCCCAUGAAUACACAGCCAUGCUGAAUAUGCCCAGUCCGCCGCUCCAUGUGAGUGUCACGUGGAACUCUAUUCAAGAAGUGUUUGUCCAUAUCGCCGAGGCUGCUAUGGAGCCUAGCACGGCUUUCCCACGCAGUGAAGAAGAUGUGGAGGGCAAAUGGAUGUCGUGGGGAAUUGCCCUUGGUGCGGUUGUUUGUGCUGGCGCCGCCGCGGUGAUGAUAUGGCGACGAGUUGGCAGCGGCAACUAG